GGAAAGAGAGAUUGCCUGUGUAAUGGUCAUGCUGCAGUGCUAGUCAGUACUAUAAAAUUGAGGGUGUUGGCGUGUAAAAUAUUCGCUUUAUUAGUGUAAAUUUAGCUUAUUGCACUAAUGAAGAGGAUCCCGCCCUCCAGAAAAGAACCAGGAGCAUUUUAGCUGUGCUUUAUUUUUUGUACAGUAGCCGCUGUUUUAUCAUUAAUGAAAAUGACGGAAUAUAAACUCGUUGUUGUGGGAGCUGGAGGUGUUGGAAAAAGUGCCUUGACAAUUCAGCUUAUACAGAAUCAUUUUGUUGAUGAAUACGACCCAACAAUAGAGGACUCAUAUCGGAAGCAAGUUGUCAUUGAUGGAGAAACCUGCUUGCUGGAUAUACUGGACACAGCAGGACAAGAAGAAUACAGUGCCAUGAGGGACCAGUACAUGAGGACAGGAGAAGGUUUCCUGCUGGUCUUUGCUGUAAACAAUGCCAAAUCAUUUGAAGAUAUCAGCAUGUAUCGCGAACAGAUUAAGAGGGUUAAAGAUGCUGAAGAAGUUCCCAUGGUUUUGGUGGGAAAUAAGUGUGACUUGCCAACACGAACCGUGGAAUUGACUCAGGCACAGGAAGUUGCCAAGCAAUACAUGAUUCCUUUUGUAGAAACCUCAGCGAAAACACGACUUGGCGUGGAUGAUGCCUUCUAUACAUUGGUUCGGGAGAUUAGGAAAGAUAAAGAGCAUCGUGGGAGAGGCGGAAAGAAGCCUGGAAUAGGCUACAGACGGAAGCCAUGCUGUCUUUUAUAAUCAUGAGCAGCUUGUGGGCACCAGUUUGAGGUAAAAUAUUUGUGUGGAACUGACACCAGUGGUUUCGCUGCGCUCGUCACUGCCAGGCAACAGGUGCAUUGAUGAAAAUUACACCAAAGGAUUUUGUGUGCUGGCAUCACAGAUUUUUUAGUAGGUGCAGAAUGUAUUGCUAUUUUUCUAACAUGGACGGAAGUUGUUAGAAUACAUUCCAGUGGCAGUUCCAGUACAAGUAAUGUGUGUGUUCAUGCAGGCCCAUAUGAACCUUCUUUUUUCAUUCGAUUGCUUCCAAGAAGUGGACAAGUUCCCAGAACAACAGCUGCUAAUGUGAAAGUCUUUUGAAGGAUUAUUUGUUGUUGAUAAUUCCAAAGCUAUGUGUUGUUACAAUUCAAUUCCGAAUGACAUUUAGGAAGAAAGUCAUCAAUACUUGUCAUUCAAAAGGAAUUUAAAUUUUUAAACAUUGUUGUUAAAUAUGUAAUUCUACAAUAUUUUGUCAGAUUUUAUUAUGCUGUAGCAAUUUAGACAAGCCAAGUGUUUUUCUUCGGUGUUUACAGUCAUAGCCCUGAUAUUUAUGCAGAAAUGGAAAUUAUAGUCUACAUAGGAGUAGUAUAAAUCAUUGCCUGAUGAGGAUAUUUGAAUAUGAUGGCAUGUCUGCCUUCAGUGUAUCAUCCUGUGGUGGACUCUGAAACAUUGGUCUGAACAGGGCAGAGUUCUGUUCUGAAGUAGAUGACUUCAAGAGCUUUAAUAAAACUAUUAACAUGCUCAGACAUACAGUGUGUGUAGGAAAGGAAAUAUAGUGAAUUUUCCUUGGUCAGUCAACCACAUCAAGAUGGAUUAGAUUUCCAGCAUUCUGGAAAAUUUCAUUAUCUCUGUCAUCAGGGAUUUGUAUGGUUGUUUUGGAGGAACCUGCUGUGUCUGUCUUUGAGGUUCUACUCUGAAGAUGGAGGUAGCAGUGUCAUCCAGAAUAACCACUUCAGUCUCUAAUGGUGGACACACUAACAGUUUCUGAAAUAUUAGAAAUCCAAUCCAUCUUGACACAGUUUAUUGCAUGAGAAGACUUAUCUUCAACUAGUGCUGAGGUCAAAAUUACAGGGAUCUAUACACCCACUUCCCCAUACGUUUUUGUGGAUUAGUGUUUAGUUAAUUAAGCACAGGAACAACUUUAUUUUACCUUACUAACUGUAAACUUCAGAUGUUAUAUAGGUGAAAUAUAUAUACCUGAAGUUUGCAACAGGUUAUGUUUAGUUCAUGAGCAGGUACUUAUUGUGUUCACAUGCCUACUACAUAGCAUGAAAUGUGUCAUUGUGAGCAGUAAUAGAAAAAAGGCACUUGGUAGACUGAGACAUAUAGACCAGAAGAUAGUGGUACAAUUGACCUUUGAGCUACAGAUUGUGUUGAUGUGAACUGUACUGAACUCACUGAGGGUGGGUUAAAGUGAUGAAUUGGCUUUUAUGUUAAUGGUAAUGAAACUUUCUGAUGGACAUGACUUGGCCAUCAACUUAACCCACUCGUUUGCUGUAGGGGCAGUUAUCUUGAUAUCGAGAUAGGGUGAACGGGUUCUCAUGGGGCCUGUAUCUCCAUAAUAUUGGCCUGUCUCCUGAUGAGUGCUUGCACCAAAUGUGAAGUUCUGCCGUUCAGCAUGUCAUACCGAAUGUGUCCUGGUAAAGAUUCCUGUCGGCCAUUCAGUGCAAGUGCUGGAAAAGCACUGUAACUCUUUGAAGGCUGAUGUUCAUCUAAAUGGUAUAUAAAAAUUCAGUCCCUACCUCACAGUAAACAGACAGCAUCUCCAUUAUUACAAAGACUAACCAGUUAAUGCUUAUUAUGGAAGUAAUCACUGUUUUUUUAUGAGAACUAUACAAAAUACAUUAACACACCCUUUGGGCAAAAUGCACAGUGCUUUUAAUGUUGAAGCAGGUGUUAGAUAUAGUUAACCACUGUGCUUUGAAAGGUUAAAAUAGGCUGCCAUUGAUUCCUUUUACAUCACCUAUACUUAUCCUGCCAUUUCCAUAUGUAACCUCCAUAAUGUUGGCAGAGAAAUGUUAAAACCUCAUUUGGUUGAGCCUGUAUCGGUAUGUAGUUUCUAGGGUUACUUGGUAAGGCUGUGUGUGGUAUUUAACUUAAUCUUUGCCUUUACCUUAGUGCUAUUGUACCUCUUGGUGUACAGGGGUUGCAGACAGGUUGCACCACCCCCAUACUGUUUUCACUUUGAUUUUUUCCUCAUUCUUUUCCAACUGAAUACUGUCUGAAUAUUCUUCCCAGACUUCUCCACGCUGUCUUGUUUAGGUAUCCAGUUUUCUAUUCUGUUUACAUGUGUGUACUCAUCAGAGCUGUAUAUUUUGUAUUUAUUCUCAAGGAGUAUCAUAAAGAGUCAUUCUGGUUUGGUUCCUAACUUUAUGUUAAUUUUAUAUAGGUAGAGGCUGUACAGUCAGCUGAUCCCCCAUCCAAGAUGUCCUACAAAAUAUCUAAUAUUCAUAGUCUCAGAAUUAAUUCUGAAUUGGAACAGACUGGAGGGCCUCUUCUGUAAAGGCUGAAAAUCAUAUGUACUGUGAUUCUCUACCUCAUGCUGCAGCUAAUAUGCCUGUUAGUCUGUGUUACAUCAUAGCUCAUUUGUGUGGUCUGAUGGAAUUUAAUGCAGUUUUCUCUCUCACAUAAAGGUAAAAGCAAUUUUAUAUAUAUGAUUUUGAGUUUUUCAGGGGUGAAUGAAAGGUACUUUCUUCUGGUUUGUAACAGGAUUAUCCAGGGGAAGACCACCAACCUUUUGGAGAAAUGUCGGUGGACUUCUACUGGUGUAUGUUGUGUCACAUCCCAGAAGAUACUAGUACUCUUCAUUGAUUACAUAAUUUAUGCUUUUCACCAUAUAAUAUAAGGGUGAUGAAAUGGGCAGGGGCACAUACAAAGUUUCUGUCAGGAAACCUGAAGGGAAGAUGUAGGUGUAGAUGAGUGGAUAUUGAAACAGAUCUGAAAGAAAUAAUGAUAAAGGGUGUGGACUGGAUUCAUUUGAUUUAGGAAAGGUACCAGCAGCAUGCGCUUGUAAACAACGGUAAUGAAUGUUCAGAUUCCAUCAAGAGCUAGAACUUGGUCUAUAUGCCUGUGACUGUUAUCUUAUCAAAAAGGGCUUUGCUGUACAUGAUCAGUGAGAAAGGUUGUAAGUUCAGUAACAGUGACAGUUCCAUUAACAAACAUCUGCAUUAAGUUGAAUGAUUAAUCUUACCUUCUGUAUGUGAAUUUUGCAGUAAAUUUCAUAACAUUAGGAUGUAAAAAAUAUAUAAUAUAAUGAUAGGUGUUUGCUCUAUUUAUAAACUAUCCAGUAAAUUUAUGUAACCGAUGUAUAAUUUUUUCUUCUGUUUAACCUUUAAAAAUUGGGGCGCACUUAAGUCUGGACAAAGACAAUACUCUAAUGCAUCAUCAUUUGCUGUAAAGUCUAUUUUCAUGUCAACAGAAUCACGGUGACUAGAAUAUUUUAAUAGCAUGUUUGUCCUAAGAGAAACAUACUUUAGAACUGACUUUGUAACAUAUUUGUCUUUUAGCUGUCAUCAGCAGGUUCAUGGUGAUAUAUUAUGUGGAACUGUAUGUCCAGUGUUGUCUCUCUCUCAGUCUUACCAAGUGACCUUGCACGUGAUGUCUGCACUUUAUGUUCCUGCCUAACGCUGCUGUGUGGCUAGCCUUAUGGUGCCACCAGUACUGAAGAAAUGUGAAGUUUCUCUUGAGCACAUAUAUUGAGGCUGUGGAAGGAAGUCCCAUUGAUGGUGGGGAUGAUGUAACUUAGAAUUACCCCUCUCUUGCCCCACUGUGACCUAUGUCAACCAGCUCAAAGUACUUGUAGCCAGGAAAGAUCAUAUCAACAUUCAUGUGGCUAGGUGACUGGAGAGGCAUACAAAGGAGUGUGCUGAAGGGGGAAGCACAGUGGCUUGGGGAUAUGUGGAAGUUGAUCCAUGUGACUUCAUUCUGCAGCCACGGUUUAGCCCUGGUUCACUGAAAUGCCAUCAGGUUCAAAGAAUUGUGUAAAUAUCUGGGCCAGACCACAUUUAUUUAGAAGCCAAGUGACAGUACAGUCAAGGCAGUUUCUGCAGUGUUUUUAUGUAUACUGUAAUUGAUAUAUCAGUUGUUUGGUGAGCAGUUUUUAACAGUUGAUCUCAUUGUGAGUGCUGGUGGAGAGUAUGUGGAUGUCAGUAGGUAUCAUUUUUGGGGCAUUCAUAAUGAAAGGUUGCAAAAAUAAGCCAAUUAACUUCACCAUGCUUGUCUGUCCUUCCACUUGUAAUAGCUCAAAAACCAAUGCGCAUAUUUUCAUGGAAUUUGGUACUGGGUAUGUAUACCAAAAUAUGUUCCCAUUUAGGUUAGAAUUGGACAAAAAUGAUGCACCCUAUGUGAUGACCUACAUGCCUUUUUGGAUGCUUCUCAAUUGUAACUCCCUAAAUGUUCACUGAAAUGGGAAUAUUUUGAAUGGAACUUGUAAAGCAAUGAAAUGUACAGUUUAUACCCAGUCUUAUGGUAUUUGAGAUAAUUAAACAGAAUGGAGUGAAUGCCCCAGAAUGGUUACCUAUGCUUAAAUUUCCUAACUUUUAUUAAAUGCUGUUAGAGUUGAGAAGGGGGAGAUCUCUUCAUUGUCUAAGGACAGGGGUGUUUCAGUGUUGAAUGUUCAUGGCUGAAGGCUGUUUUCAAACUACCAUUGUGCGCACAGUGAGACCCCCCCCCACCUAAGAUUUCUUUGGUGGGACCAGUGGAUUUGAACACUGAAUUGAGAAACGUCUUACUUGGAGGAAAUAUAACAUUGAAGUUAUUUUGAUUUGGAAUCAUUGAAGUGAACAUUUAACGGGGUUCCACUGUAAUGCUACCUUUGGUCAUCUGAAUUAUGUUUUAUCGAGGAACUGUACCAACACCAUGAGCCUUGUUCACACAGACAUGUAACCCAUGACAUACUCAUGAAGCAGACAAUUUAUAAAAUGCCUACAGAACUAAAUUCAUGUUUUGCUAUCAGUUACUUAGUAAAUAUCUGUCACUGAGUUAGCUCUAUGUAUGUGAGGGAUCUGGGAUAGCUUAGUUGGUAUAGUGACUAGGCUACAGGCUGGAUGACCAAUAAACCAGGGCUCGAUUCCUGAUAUGGACAAGAGAUUUUCUCUUCUCCACAAUUUCCAGACCAGAGCCCACCAAGCCUUGUAUGAUGGGUACCAGGAGCUGUUUCCUCAGGGGUAAAAUAGCAGAAGCAUGAAGCAGAACACUCACCUCCAUCCACUGCCAAGGUUAAGAAUGGUGGAGCUAUACCUCCAUUUCCCCAUGUCAUCGUGGCUUGUUGCUUAAUAAGCAUGGGGAUAAUUUUGCCUUAGGCACAUGAUGUAACAUGCUAAUAUUCGACUUUAUUUACAUGAAAAUAUCAUACUGUCUGCCUCUUCAAAGUGGCAUACUUACCAGGAGUUCUAUUGACACUAAUGUUUAUGGGUGUAAAUAAACAGUUCUUUGAUGACUGCAUCAGCAACAAAUUCUCAAAGAAUAAUAAUGCACAUUGUAUUAAGCUGGGGUCUGGGAUUCAAUUCAGGCUGUACAACAGUUCUGUAGCAGAAGAGCCUUUUCAGCAGCUUUGAACUUUAACAUGGUCACACUCUUCUUAGAGAGUACAGAAUUAACAGGAGGAACUUCAUAAUUUGUACUCUUCAUGUAAUAUCGUUAUGGUAAGUGAAGAUGGGUGAUACUUGCAACAUGUGUGGGAGAAAUGAUGUGUGUAAACAGAAUUUUGGUCCAUAAACUUAAAGGAAUAGACUGUUUGGGAAACCUAGGCAUAGAUAGGAAGAUAAUAAUGAAAUAUAUCUUAAAAGAAUUUUGGUGAGAAUAGGUGGAGUGUGUUAGCAGCCUCAAGAUAUGUACAGUAAUGGUUUUAAAGAUAAUACACAGGGUUUUUUUUUUUGGGCCAGCCGAGCAAUUUAUUAAUUUUUCAAAGAAUUUGCAGCACAAUGAGGUUAGGCCUCUUUCCGAUUUAUCCUUAGUCACAGAUAAUUAUGUAACCAUUAAUAUAACUAUGGUAAACUCUCGGUUAUCCAGUCAAGCACCCAGAAUUUCAAAUAAAAUCUGCUGUUCUCAUAAAACUAUUUUGGAAACAAAGCUGUGAUUCAUGUAUGCCCACAUGCCAUGUGGUAGUUAUGCCAGCUGCAGCCAUCCUUCCUCACAGAUGCCAUUAACAGUUUUUCUCGUGUAAACGGCACACCCAAUUUCCGAUAUACUGAAUGACUGAGAGUUUACUGUUCUGUCUCCAAUUGCAGCAGUGGGAAUUUCAGUUUAAUAUGUGAAGUGGCUACUGAAAGAAAGAUAUCCAUAUACUGUACUCCAUAAUUGAUUGGCAGGUCAAAGGAGGAAUAUUCAUGACCAAAAUGCUUGUGAUCUCAUGUUGUUUUCUGGUUGUGAGGCAUUGUAUUCUCUUAGAUAUGUACCACUGUUUCAGAGGAACAUAUUUCCUCCAUCUUCAGGGUUCAAGAAUACAGUAUGAAUCUUCACUGUCAUGAAAACCUCGAAUCAUACAUGGAUUCUCUUCCAUAACAUGGAGCAGCUUGUAGCUGUUAAAGACACUGUUUUUACAGAGUGCAUGUACUUCACUGUUGGCUCUGUUAUAUGUAUGACUCUAUUUCAGGGGCAUUUAAAAACAAAAAUUACAUUUUAUUAUGAAGCUCCACAUAUGAAACAUGUUGUUGGCCCAUUAUACUUCAGAAGAACUCUUCAUUUUAGGGAGUUGGCAGUUUAAACCCCUACCUCUGUACAUACAGCCCAGUUCAAAAUGGAAAUAUUGUUAAACUGACAUGCUUGCAUCAUAAGGAGGGCAUCCCACAUUGUUUGGAAGGCCCAUGUUCCUGUAACUUUUUAGGAUUCAGUGGUUUGCACCAUUUGGAAGCAGCCUCUCGAUGUAUCUAUCCUGUGCAUGCCGUUACCAUGUUGUGCAACUGCUGGAAGAGGAAUGAGUACGUGUUUGAUGUAUUGAUAUUUAUGGUACAUAUCUUUUCUCUUUAAGUACCUCAAAUAAACUACAGUACUUUUA